AUGAAGUUGAACAUCCUAUCACUGGCCACCCUCCUGGCCUGGGCCUCUGCUGCGCCACAAGACCCCCAAGUGCCACCAGUCUCAACCUCCAUCACGACAAUCACCGUCAACGGCCAGCCGCCCGCGUCCACCAAGCCCAUCCCAAACAACCCCGGCCCGGACCCGGCUCCCGCCCCCGUCCCCGCGCCCGCUCCCUCAGGCCCAGCACAGCCGGCACCCGCUCCCGGCGGCGCCCACUGCGUCUGCGGCGCAACCUACUGCGGCAAAGUCCUCGUCGGAUUCCAAGGCUACACAACCGAACAAGUAGGCCAGGGCUACUGCGCAACCCCAGGCACAAACUGCGCCGCCGCCGCCCCGGCCGUCGAGUCCCUCGAGAACACCCUCUUUGUCUGCAUCUGCCCUCCUGGGCAAAAGACGGGCUCCGCCAUCGAGCUCAUCUGCCCCUGCCAGGGCCGCUGCAAGAACGACGAGCCCGACUUUAUCGGCCGCUGCGAGACGCCCUGUAACCUCGGCUGUGCUCCUACUGCUUCUGCCGCGCCGGCGCCGAGUGCUAGCGCUUCGACUAUCCCAGCUGCGCCUGGUCCCGUUGACGCGUUGCCUAUUCCUGUGCCGGUCCCGGCUGCACCCCCUGCUGCUGCGAGGAGAGGGUCGUAG